AGGGCGGGUCCCACAGUGCAGAGCGCGGGUCCGCUGCACGCAGGGUCAAAGGCGGCGCUGUCGCCCUGGAGACGGUUUACCAGCUGCCCGCGGCCACCGGCUCAGGUUUUUUUGCGGAAAACGCGGGGCCAAGAAGCUGAGGCCAUGUCGGUUGCCGCCUCCUUCCCUAAGCGCGCGUCCUUUGCUGCAGCUGACGGCUUGCCUGAGACUGAGAACAACGCUGGGGAGUUGGAGAAUACCUAUAUUCUGCGGCCUAUUUUCCAGCAAAGGUUCAGACCCUCUGUGGUUAAAGACUGUAUCCAUGCUGUACUCAAGGAGGAACUGGCCAAUGCUGAAUACUCUCCAGAAGAAAUGCCUCAGCUCACAAAACAUUUAUCAGAAAAUAUUAAAGAUAAAUUAAAAGAAAUGGGAUUUGACCGAUAUAAAAUGGUGGUACAAGUAGUGAUUGGAGAACAAAGAGGAGAAGGUGUAUUCAUGGCUGCUCGCUGUUUCUGGGAUGCUGACACUGACAACUGUACUCAUGAUGUUUUCAUGAAUGACAGUUUAUUCUGUGUUGUAGCGGCAUUUGGCUGUUUCUACUAUUGAAUCUUGAAAGCUGGAAAAAGAUAUGACUAUGAAGAAAUAUGAACUUUUUUACAUUGUUAAAUAAAUAUCUUGACAAAAUAAAGUGAACAGUUUGGCAACUGA